AUGCCACUUCAUGGUAAGAGUCUCACUUGGGGGAUCACAGUUUCUUGUGGGGCAGGCUUCUUCCUCUUUGGAUAUGACCAAGGAGUGUUUGGAGGUAUUCUCACGAAUCAAAAUUUCCUGGAUACCUUCAAUAAUCCAGGUUCCACGAUACAAGCUCAAAUCACAUCGACUUACUAUCUUGGGGCGAUAUUCGGAGCGAUCUUCUCGAGGUUUAUUGGCGACCACAUUGGACGACGACGGGCCAUUAUACUGGGAUGUAUUUUGCUCACUAUCGGAGGCGCACUUCAAGCGUCCGCAAGUGUUCUCCCUCAUAUGAUUGUCGGUCGCAUUGUCGGAGGCAUUGGGACUGGCAUGAAUACAACCGCCAUUCCAAUGUGGCAAGUGGAAACAUGCAAGCAGCAUCAUCGUGGACGACUAGUGAUCAUGGAGCUGGUGCUCAAUAUCUUCGGGAUUGCAAUAACCAACUGGAUGAACUACGGCUUCACUUACCUACCAAGCAAUUCAGUUUCUUGGCGCUUCCCCCUUGCAUUCCAGUCUUUCUGGUCGAUUGUGACCUUGGUCCUGACGAUAAUUAUGCCGGAAUCACCCCGCUGGCUGGUCCUUCGAGGUCGUCAGGAGGAGGCACAUGAUAUCCUCGCUCGUCUGAUGGAUAAAGAUUCGGAUGAUCCACAGGUGGAGAACACAUUGCGGAUCUUGGUGAACACAGUCAACCAUGAGACAGAGGCCGAAACAGCCGCAUUCACCGACUUUCUGAAGCAUGAUCGCACACAAACUCUCCGCCGUAUUCUCCUGGGUGCUGGGAUCGCCUUGAUGCAGCAAGCCUGCGGCGUGAAUAUUAUUGCUAAUUAUCUACCCGUCGUGUUGACGCGAUCUAUUGGUCUGAGUGACCGACUGGCACUAAUUCUCUCCGCGGUCUAUUCGCACCUUCUCACCAUCUGGGCAAUGGCCUCUAUGCUUGCUAUUGACUCCCUCGGUCGAAGGACUUUACUCCUUCUUGGUGCCGUGGGUCAAGGGGUUGCUUUUAUUCUCAUCGCCGUGGGAAUCUAUCUCGACACAUAUCCAAUGUCUAUAUUUAGCGUGGUUUUCAUCUUCGUGUACAACUUUUUUUUUGGCAUCUCAUUCCUAUCCAUCCCUUGGCUUUAUCCCGCAGAAAUCAACUCGCAGGCCAUGCGCAACGUCGGGACCUCCAUUUCGACCGCAACCAAUUGGAUAUUCGUCUAUGUAAUCGUUCUGGUAACCCCGUCAGGUAUCGAUAAUCUCGGGUGGGCCUUUUAUCUCAUGUUUGGUAUUUUCAACAUUCUCUUUUUGCCUUUCAUCUGGCUGUUUUAUGUGGAAACGGCACGAUUGUCUCUCGAACAAAUCGAUCGGGUGUUUGAGAUUCAAUUUGAGGGGGCACCAGAGAUGACUUUCAAGGCAGCACGACAGCAGGUUCUCCUGGAGGCGCAGAUUGCUGGUGAAGGGGGCCAAGAACUGAUUGUGAAUGUAAUGGAUCAAAAAAGCUCGGUAGAUCACUUCGAGACCAUAUGA